AAAUAGUAAAAUGAAGAUUUAUCUGCUAAAUUUCAGGAAUAAAAAGAUAAAAUUUUUUCAAAAAGAUAAAAUAUUUUAAGAUAAUUUUAAUGUCUUCCAAUUUACGAAGAGUUAAAAUCCAUAUUAAAUUAAUUUUUUAUACUUUACUCUAUGGUUAUAGAAGAGGCAGAAUAAAGAUUUAUAUUAAUCCCAACUUAAGAAAAUUUAUUACACUAAAAGCUGUUAUAAGGAGAGCAUUAUUUGCAUCAAAUUUUUAAAAAAUUAACUUAGCAUAUUAUUUAAGCUGAAAAAAAUUUUGAUUCUGAAAGGAUAAAGGAAAAAAAUAAAUAAUUUGAAUUAAAUACCUAGUUAAGCUAAUUGUUAACUUAGAUAGAUAAGUAAAAUAAAUCAGAUGAUAUAGUGUAAAGUGAAUAAAAUUUAAUUUAGUUAAACAAAAAAUAAAAUAUAGAGCUAGUUUAUCAGAAUGUUUAGCUUUAGAAACUUUCUAAUGAUUUAGCUUCAAAACUCAAUUAAAAAUAGAAUGAAAAUAUAAAAUAAACUUAUAUUUAAAAUGAACAACUUCAAAAAUAGGUUUCUCAAUUACAAAUUGAAAAUAAUAAAAAUCUUUAUAAAAUGGACUAAAAUAUAGUUUUACUAAACUCCACAAUUGCUAUUUUAAAGGCUUAGCUUAAAAAAGUGGAAGAUAGAAAUAAAGAUCUUGAAUAUUCUUAUUAGAAAAUUUUAGAGUAAAACAAACUACUAAAUCUUGAAAAUGAAACUUUAAUUAAGCAAAUGAAUGAUCUAAAUUAAUAAUUAGAUUCAACAACAUAAAAUAAAUAAAUAAAGGAAAAUGAACUUGAUGAGAUGAAAAAGAUAAUAUUAACAAAUACUAAAAUAAUAAAAGAAAUGAAAGAAAAACUAAAUAAAUUGACUACAUAAAAGAUGACUUUUGUUAUUCCUCCUGAUAAUAAAGACUUUAAUGAAGAGAAAUAUUUUUUUGACAGCAUUAAAAGUUCUUAUUUUAAUAAGAGCUAUUUUAUUAAAUAAAUCAAAGCAAAUAUGGAAGGGUUUGAUUAAGAGUAAAUUCAAGUAAAUAUGAGAAGUUUUGAGGACUAGGAUAAAAAUGAUUCUAUUGUUGAUCUCACUAAAUACAGAUAUAAUUUGCCAUAAUUUUAUUGCUUUAUCAAGGAUAACUUCUAAAAUUUAUUUAAAUAAGUGGAAAAUACAACUUAAAUACCUUAUAAUUUCUUAGCUACCAUAAGAGGUAUCUUAGAUUCCAAGUACAAUGAAUUUUUAUUAUGCUCAAACUAAAAUUAUUAGAAUGUUUCUUUGUUUGCUGAUUUUGUUUAUUCUUGGCUUAUAACUUUUGACAUUAAUCAAAACUCUAGAAAAAUUACUAAAUUCCACACUAACACAUUAACUUCAAAUCUAUUAGAACUUAGAAUAACCUAGUUUUACAUUACACUAAAUAAUCAUCUUCUAUCAAAACUUUGGGAAUUUGUUACGUUUAGAGAAAUUUUAAAUGAGGACUUAAGCAAAGAGGAGCUAUAUUUUUAUCUUUUUUGUAGGAAUUAAAUAUUUAAAGGACCUCAACUUGAAUCUCUUUCUUCUACAUUUGAAAUCAUAAAUUACAUUCAAAUUGAUGAAGCUAUAAUAUUAAUUCGUAGUGUUCUUACAAAAUUUGAUCAAAGUACUGUUGAAUAUUUAAUUUCCUAGAUAAAAAAUAAAUCAGUUUUAAAAGGAAAAAAGUAAUUAGUUGAUGCUCAAUUGGUAUUGAGAUUGCUCUUAGAGUACUUUAGAACUGAAAGGUAAUAGAGAUAUAAGCUAAUAAAAUAACUCUUUUAUAGCUAAAAGCUUGAAAAUAAAGAUGGAAAAUACACUUUGAAUUUCACAUCAUUUAGGAACAUAUUUCAUAAAAAUUUUAUCUCCACAACUGAGUUAGAAAAGGCUUAGAUUUAUAGAGAGUGCUACUCAAUUGGAAAAGGAAUUGUAAAUCAUGAUACAUUUUUUACAGUAUGUAAUGAAAAUGGGUUUUUUAUAAAAUAAUUGAAGUUAAAUUUACCAACUGAAUUUCCCUUAUUUAAUAAAAUUACAAAGUAAUACGAACCAGAUGAUCUAUUAUUAUCUUAAAAUUUACAAACAUUUAAAAAUUUUUAUACUGAUGAGCAAUGCUAAAAAAAUUGGUAGGUUAUUAGCUAAUACAUAUAAAGUUAAGGAUUAGAACCAUAAUUAUAAAAUUAUUAGUUAUUUAUUAAAUAAAACGAUUAAUUUAAUAAAAACUUGGUCUGCUAAAAUCUUUAAGGUAAAAGUUAUAUUUUUUUUCUUUUUGAAAAAAUUAAAGAUAUAUAGACAAGUAUAUAUCUCAAAAUAUUGCAAAAACAAGUUGAAAUAGAUGAUUUAUAAAUCAUAGAAAUCCAGAAAAAUCUUUAAUAGCAAUUGAGUAACUCUUGUUUAACAGCUAUCAGUAUUUUGUAAAAAAAUAAGUAAAAGAAGUACGAAUUAUAAACUUAGAAAAUAAGUAUAUUAUAGAGAUGGGCAAAAACAAAAAUUUCUAAGUGGUAUACUUUGAUAAAUGAGCUAUUACUUUCGAAGUAUAAGACAAUGCUGUUGUAGUAAGGAAUUUAGCCAUUUUAAAAUAUCAAUAACUAAAUAAUUACAGAAAAAACCGAUAAUGAAGAAUAAGAAAAUGAUUAUGAUGAUUUACAAUUUUAAAAAUAAACAUCCAAAAAAUAGCAAAAGUUUUUAUGA